AAUUGCGGGACUCGCUGCUCGCAGGGUUGUCCGUUACCCGGGCCAAGCUGUCAUCUACGUCCCGUCCCUUUCAGUCGCGAUCCGUGUGUCUUCCAGCGGUACACGGCGGGGCUCGGCGGUCAUUUCAGCAGGCGAAACGCACAAUAUACUGCCUGCGUUACUUUUUAAAGCGGAGUAUAAAGCUUUACCAAGACAUUUUCUACUCAAUUGAAAAAAAGAAAAGAAAAAAGGCUGAAGAUGAAGUUGGAAAGGGGGUGGAUGUGUUUUGUGCUGCUCCUGUCCUUGCUGGCUGUGGCAUCUGCGGCGACCCAGGGGAAGCAGUUGGAGGUUGAUAUUUCAGACUUUGAUGAAGAUAUGGGCUUGGACGAGGAGGAAUUAAAGGUUCUAAUGUCGGAGGAAGAGGAAGAGGAGGAGGAGGAGGCGGAGGAGGCGACGGUGAUGGAUGAAGACCACUCGGAUGAGACAGAUGGCACAGCAAGUGGAAAGGCUGGAAUAGAUGCAAAUGUCUCCUUCCAGGUAACGUACAAGACUCCUGUACCUACUGGAGAUGUCUACUUCGCAGAGACAUUUGAUGAUGGCUCACUGGAAAGUUGGCAGCUGUCAAAGACGGUGAAGGGUGAUGCAGAUGAUGAAAUCGCCAAAUAUGACGGGAAGUGGGCUGUGGAGCCGCUGAAGGAGAACAAAGUUCCAGGAGAUCAGGGCCUAGUCCUCAAGUCCCGGGCCAAACACCACGCCAUCUCCGCGAUGCUCAGCAAACCCUUUGUCUUCCAGGAUGAACCUCUGGUCGUACAGUAUGAGGUGAAUUUCCAGGAUGGCAUUGACUGCGGUGGCGCAUACAUCAAACUGCUUUCAGACACUGGCCAUCUCAAUUUGGAGCAAUUCCAUGACCGCACAGCGUACACCCUCAUGUUUGGGCCAGACAAGUGCGGCGAGGACUACAAGCUGCACUUCAUCUUCCGCCAUCAGAAUCCUCUGAACAAAGACACGGAGGAGAAGCAUGCCAAGAGAGCGGACGUCGACCUCAAGAAGUUCUACACUGACAAGAAGACUCACCUCUACACUCUGGUCUUGAACCCAGACAACAGCUACGAGAUGUUCAUAGACCAGUCUAGCGUGAGCCGCGGCAGCCUCCUGAACGACGUUGUGCCUCCGGUCAAUCCGCCCAAAGAGAUCGAUGACCCGCAUGACUCUAAGCCGGAGGACUGGGACGAGAGGGCCAAGAUUCCCGACCCUGAGGCGACAAAGCCCGACGACUGGGACGAAGAGGCUCCAGCAAAGAUCGAAGACCCCGACGCUUUGAAGCCAGAGGGCUGGCUGCACGACGAACACGAGUUUGUCUCUGACCCCAGCGCCGAGAAGCCAGAGGACUGGGACGAGGACAUGGAUGGAGAGUGGGAAGCCCCGCAGAUUCCUAACCCGGCCUGUGAGACGGCCCCCGGCUGUGGGGAGUGGAAGCGUCCCCAGAUCAACAACCCUGAGUACAAGGGCAAGUGGAAAGCCCCUCUGGUGGACAAUCCCAACUAUCAGGGAGUCUGGAAGGCGCGUAAAAUCAAUAACCCGGAAUAUUUUGAGGACCUGCAGCCGUUCAGGAUGACACCGAUCAAAGCCGUGGGCUUGGAGCUGUGGUCCAUGACGUCCGAUAUCUACUUUGACAACUUCAUCAUCACCUCCCACAAGGAGGUGGCUGACCGCUGGGCCGCCGACAGCUGGGGGCUGAAGAAACUGGUGGCCAGCGCUAACGAGCCGGGGAUCUUUGCUCAGCUGACAAUUGCAGCCGAGGAACGGCCGUGGCUCUGGGUGAUCUACAUACUGACAGUCGGCCUGCCCGUCAGUCUGGCUGUGCUGUUCUGCUGGCCGAAGAAAUCUGAUGACGACUACGUGUACAAAAAGGUGGAUCCUCCCCAGGCUGAUAUAGAGGAAGAGGAGGAGGAGGAGGAGGAGGAAGAGGCGGCAGCAGGAGAGAAGGAAGGAAAAGCAGCUGAUGGUGCAAAAGGUGUUCCAACUGCAGAAGUGGCUGAGGAGGAGGAUGAAGCCAAUGCGGGAGGUGACAACCUAGAGGAGGAUGAUGAUGAAGAGGAGGAGGAGGAUGAAGAAGAUGAAGAGGAGGAGGAGGAGGAGGAGGAGGGGGGGGAAGAGGAGAGCAAAGCUCCUGAGAGAACAUUAGAGGAGGAGGAGGAGGAGGAGGAGGAGCCGAAGGAGGGAGGAGACGUUGCCGAAGAGAGCCACAAACAAGCUGUGCGAAAGAGGAGGGUACGGAAAGACUGAGGGGGAGAACCCAGCACCUCUGGUCUCCUGUAUCCCCUGAUGCGGAGGAGGUGGAAAGGUCGUCUCAGCUGCUGCUCCGCCCUUUCUGAGCAUCGCAGCAUGUAUUUCUUACAAACCGCCUGUUAGCCUGCAGCCCCCCCCCCCCCCCCCCCGUCGGCUACACCCAUCACAGGGACGCAGUCUCCCACACUACACCCUGCAUCCCCCAUGUCGUCUUUCCUCUUCCUGCCCCCCGCUCAUUGGACGAUCAGACAAAUCUUUCCCCUCGAGAUUCUGUGCAUUUAGAUGUUUCCCCCAGACCCCCCCUCCCUCCAUCUCAAGCUGCCACACUUUCUUCGUCGUUCCUUCUCUUCUCAUAGCCGUUGCUGUCAAAAAUGCCCUUCAGCCCAAAGAGGCCCACCUCCUCCACCAGUCUCGUCUCUGAAUAUAUGCCGUCCUAGUUCCACCAGUCCGUCUCCUCUGAGGACAGCAUCUGAUGUUCUGCAAAGCAUUUUACAACAUAUCGUACGGGCUGCGUCUCAGAAGUUAGACUUUAUUCUUAUGUCCAAUUUGCUUUUAAGAACAUGUUGGAGGACACCGGUGGGCAAGCGUCCCUCGCCUGGUUGAAAUCGCUUGAGGUUCCAAGAACAGGGGGGAGGAGAGGACGCCAGGCUGCUAGGAAAGGCUGCUCAACAUGUCAUUGCAGAGUUGGGACAUUUCAAGCAAAAUAUUGCCUUCAGUUUAAAGAUGUACCUCUUUUGGAAAAACGACGUUCUGGGUAGUUUGUAAGGCGCCUCAGUUCUUUUUUUUCUUCAAAAGCAAUUUAAUAAUUGAGGAUCAACGCAGACUUUAUUUAUUUGUUUAAGAUUUGUGUUAUGCUGGUAAGAAUAAAGAUUUAAUAUUGUU